CUCUUUUAUUUUAGAGCUUGGCAAGAUGACAAAGAUGAUGAAGGAUUUUUUAUUCGAAUUUCUUUGAUUUUUUAAAUUUCCUUUCUUAUUGCUGUAGCAAAGGCUCAAACUCAGAACUCAUCUUCCUUCAAAUCGACAGGAAUAUCAAACAACUGCCUCUCUGCGCCCUCUAUUUUACCGUCCCCUUUCUGCUUCUGCUUUUCUUGACAGUUCCAUGAAGGGGCGAUCAUGGCGGAUGGGUGGCUCUUUUGGGCCAGCCAUCAUCAUCUAUCUCAAAAAUUUCCCCCAAACUUUCGAUUCCCUAAUCAUUUCCGAACUCAUUUUCCGUCAAAUCGACAGGAACAUCGUCAUCUGUUUUACCGCACUAGUCCCCUUUUCUGCUUCUGCUUUUCUUGACAGUUUCAUGAAAGGGCAACCAUGGCUGAUGGGUGGCUCUUUUGGGCUAGCACCAUCGUCACCUGUCUCAAAAAUUUCCACCAAACUUUCGGUUCCCACAUGUACGAACUCAUCUUCCUUCAAAUCCACAGGAACAUCGCCCUCUAUCUUACCACACUGAUCCCCUUUUCUGCUUCUGCUUUUCUUUUCCUACCUCCAAUAACUCUUCCUUUUCCAUACCUCUCUAUCUGAUAUCCUAUCCCCAACCAGAAUUCCAUUUUUUUUUCUUUAAAAUUCUUCCCUCUUUUUUUUUUUGCAGACUGGACUAGCUGUUUUUCCCAAAAGCAUGAAGAAAGUUGGCAGUUUUGAACUCAUGGGAGCCACGGCUUUUGCUUUGACUUUUCUGCUACUAUGCCCAUCAGUGAAAGCGGCUGACAAACCACCAACAUUAGAGUAUGGCAUCAUUAGGGGGAAUAAUAAUGCUCCUCCGUCGACGUCAACGCACCCUCCACCAGUUAAUGUCCCGGAAAAGGGGUUGCAACGCCGUAAACUAUUGCCGCGGUUUUACUCUGAGUGUUGAAAACCGCAGUGGAACUCGAGUAGAAGCUGUUGCUAUCGUUAAGGCAGGAGCACCUUUAAACAGCAGUGCGGCAGGUACAGAGGCAAUAGCUACUGGCAUUGCUUCAUGGUCGUUGAACAAGACAAAAUCUGGAAUGUUAAGCGUUUCAAUCAAUGCAACUGCGGGUGCUGAUUCUGCACAAAUGUUACAGCUAAAGGCUGUGUCUAGAGGUAUUGCUCGCAUGGGACUGGCUGUUCAAUAUAGGUCUGCGUCAAUGUCUAGUGAAAAUAUGUCAUCUUUACAUCCAGUUGAUGGGAGCAUUACAAUAACAGUUGAUGCUACUUCUAACCAGGUGGAUUUGAAGUUCUUGACUCAAGUUAAAAAGUUUGGAGAAACUGAUAUCAUACAGAUCCUGGAGUAUGCUAAAACUAUAUUACCAGCCAUUCAAAAAUAAACAUCUUGAAUUAUUUUGGAGGUUCAGAUUUGGUUUUGAAAUUAUAUGAAUUUUUUUUUAAAGUGAGAUGUAUGACCUUUAUUAUUAUUAUUUUUUGUAAUUAAGAUUGUUAGGAUUUGGAUUCUGUUCAUUAAAAUCUUAAUUGUAGUAUUUAUCAGCAUUGGUAAAUUUCUUUCCCUUUUAGUUCCGCUGCUAAAAAGUGCUUUGCCAAGUAUCAGAUAAAGCAUUAGUUGGAUACGAUAUUGGAUACCUUUGGCACCUUAAUGCAGUGGAAACAUUGGAGGGAUUGUUCAAAUCUGGGUUCAAGGCAAUGCCAUGGCAAACUCCCAGCUCCGGGUUGAACCUCUGACUUGAUUAUAUAUUUUCACAUGGAUUAUCCAAUUUUUUUUUGUAGAUCUUAGGAGAUAUCAGGACUGAGUUAGGUCUGAAUCAAAAUAAAUCUCAAAAGUUAAUAAAACUUGGACAUUACAUGAUCGAGUACAUGGAUAGC